AUGGUACAAGCUGUGGGAGAUCAACGGAGACCCGGUCCGCUUCAUCCUCCCUUGCACCACCCUUUCUGUCUCACCCCCCUAUCCUCCUUGCCGCAUCACACCCCCCCCCACUGUCCUCCUUACUGGCAGGUCCGAGAGGCAUGGUACAAGCUGUGGGAGAUCAACGGAGACCCGGUCCGAGAGGCAUGGUACAAGCUGUGGGAGAUCAACGGAGACCCGGUCCGAGAGGCAUGGUACAAGCUGUGGGAGAUCAACGGAGACCCGGUCCGAGAGGCAUGGUACAAGCUGUGGGAGAUCAACGGAGACCCGGUCCGAGAGGCAUGGUACAAGCUGUGGGAGAUCAACGGAGACCCGGUUCGAGAGGCAUGGUACAAGCUGUGGGAGAUCAAUGGCGACCCGGUCCGCUUCAUCUUCCCACGCUCCUUCCACCAGCGAAUCCUCAAGCGCUUUCCAGGAACCUUCCAGCAGGUGCUAGACCUGGUAACCGUGGCCAUCAGCGCUCAGGCCGACAUGUACCAGGGCUCCUUUGGUUCUCUCUUCUCUCUUCAGACCAUGCGCCUGCGCUAUGCCUUCAGCACAGCUUCGUGUAAAGACACCGCUCUGGGGGAUGAUUUCCUCUUGCCUGUUGAUACCACUGCUGAUGCUGGCUGGCGGGUGCUCCUAGAUCUCCAGGAGAACGGCCUGUGA